ACAUACAGACAUACACAGACACCCACACGCAUUGACAGAACAGAAGCAAGUAGCUUAGUCCAACUGGCUGAAGUACUCUGUCUCUACUUCUACUAAUACAAAGAUAACUUCUCACAGAAAAGGAGCAACUGUUUCGCCUUCACGGGGUCAAGAACUCUCUUAUGACAUGUUUCUCUAAGGGUCAAGUGCAAGAGGAAUGGCCAUACCCAGGAUGUUCAACUCAAACCCGCCAUUCAUUGAUGUGAAGGGGGCGUCACUGUUGUUUUCUUUGGGGAAGGAAAACAUCAUGGAGGGUGAAGAGAACAAGGACCCGUUGGUGCGGACCGUCCUUCCUACCCUGAGCCUGGUGAUGGAGCAGGGCACUGCCAAGCAGGUGGGCACAGGGGGGCAUGAUGACAGUUACCAAGUCCCAUGUGUCUCCAUCAUCGCCCAGGCAGAGGGUGAAGGCUCCCAAGAGUUCAGCCCUACAAGCACAGAAUGUGUCUACUCCAGAUCUCACCUGCUCAAAAGCCACAGGUCCAUAGCCAAGAAAGCAACAACCGAGAGUGAUACUGACGAAGAUAACUAUGUGGGUACUAUCCUCACAGUUCCACACCACCACAUUCGAAGGAAGCUUCGGCAAAAGCCACAGGAAGGAAGAGAGAGGGAGGAAGGACAAGAGCCACCAGUCAUCCAAGGUUUAUGGGUGCAAGAGAUCGACUGGUCUAAAUCAACCAACAAGGACAUGAGCUGGGCCUCAGAGGUAAACCAACUUCCUGUGGACCUCCCCAAACACACAGACUCUAUCUCGGUACCUCAUAGCCACGGAGGCUGCAUUUUGGAGGGUUUGUUUGAAAUUGUAUCCCACUGCAGCUUGGAAGGUGUGUCAAAAUGUACAGAUGGCCUGUCAGACACGUACGAACUCAUAGGUGUGUCCGACUUUUCUAGUGAAAUAGGAGGAAUGUCUGAGUCUCCAUCCAGUCUGAAGAGUACAUCUGAUUCUGAAUCCAUUCAUACUCAUGAGAGCGAGUCAGACGCAUCUUCUAGUUUUGGGGAUGGGGAUCUGUCGGACUCAGUCUGCAGCCUGGUGGAUGUGUCGGACUGUCUCUCCAGUGUGAUGUGCGUGUCGGACAACGUCCUGGCGCCAGAGAGUGUGUCCGACUCUGACUCUUCUUGCAGUCUGAUGGGCGUGUCUGACUCGGACUCUACCUGCAGCCGAGGAUGGGAAUCCGGAUCCUCCUCCAGUGUGGAGAGUACGUCCAACUCCUUCUGCAGUCUGGUGGGUGUGUCUAACAUCCCAGGGGAUGUGUCUGGAUUGUUGUGUAGCGUUGGGGGACUGUCUAGCUCUGAGGUAAUGUUGGAGGAACUGCGCAGCAGAGUUACCCAGAAGCAUCAGCGAUUCGUCUCACCUUUUUUCAAAGCACUGGUCAAAGAUGUCUCGGAUGAGAUGAAAGAGGUCACGGCACAGAUCAACGAAGGCCUCAUAUUCCACAAGCAACUCCAGCCCAAUAAGUUUGAAUACAGGGAGGGAAAGGAAUACAACAUUCUAUACCACAUUCAGAAUGGAUCGUAUGGUGAUGUGUUCAGUGUUCAGGACAGAAGUACCGGGUUCGAGUGUGCUGCCAAAAAAAUCCCACUGAGUCAUUUCAACUGUGAGGAGGUGAGCACGUGGAGUGCUUUGAACGCCCCUGGCAUUGUGAAGCUCUUUGGGGCUGUGAGGGAGGGUCCGUACGUCACACUCUUCAUGGACCUGAAGACAGGUUGUUUGGCCCAGCUACUGAGGGAGAGGGGAAGUUUACCAGAGGAACUGGCCUUGCGCUACCUCUGUCAGCUCCUGGGAGCAUUGGAACACCUGCAUCACAGACACGUCCUGCAUCUGGAUGUUAAAGUUGACAAUGUGUUGCUGUCUGAGGAUGGGAGGGACACGUUCCUCUGUGACUUUGGUCUCUCUGAGACGCUGGACCCAAAUGGACAGAGCACCAAAGCCUUUAGACAAUCUGGGUGGCCCGCUGGCACAGAGACCCACAUGGCGCCCGAGGUGGCACGAGGGGACCUCCACUGUGCCAAGGCAGACGUGUGGAGUAGCUGCUGCAUGCUACUGCACAUGCUCAACGGAUGCCACCCCUGGAUCCGCUACUACAACCACCCACUGUGCUUCAAGAUUGUCAAUGAGCCACCUCCUCUGAGGGAGGUGCCCCCCAACUGUAACCCCUACACUGCCGAGGUCUUGAGAGCUGGACUACAGAAGGACCCCACCAGUAGAGCCUCGGCCACAGCGCUAAGGCAGAUGACCUCCAAGGCCCUGAGAGCAGUGGGAGGACUUUGUCACAGUUCUGGUCAAGGUGAUUGUCAAAAACUGGUGAACAGCAAGACUGGGAAUCAUAAAAGACCCUACAUUCCCUCUGCCCCUGCAAAGCCAGCAGCCACACAGUCAGCACCCAAAAUGCAUUGGGUGAGCCCCUGGAGAGCGUUGGCCGCUGGUGCGGACAGUAGUGAUUCUGAGGAGGGCGGAUCGGAAUUGGAGAGAGAUUCUGAAUCAGUGACAUACUCUCUGGAGGAUAGGGACUGGGAAUCUUAUCAAAAUUCCUUGGAGGAGAGCCAUGUGGUGGAAGAUUGGGAACCUGAGACAGAUUCCGAGGUGGAUAUUUACUUGGGGGAGGAUGGAGAUCUGGAGAGGAAAGGUGACUGGGAAUAUGAAGGCGAUUGGGAGGAAGAGGAGUCUUCCACAGAACUUUACCAAGCUCUCCACACCCACUUCCCCGUCCUGCGGAAAGGCCAGCCGGAGAUUGACCAAUCCUGGGGGUCAGAGCCUGAAUUGGAAUACUUAAGAGAUGGUGUUACCGUGGGCAUUUUGGCCCAGACCCCCUCCCCUGAGCCAAGGGACCACCCUCCCUCCUGUAUGAGCAGCACUGGUUCAUCCCAGAAGGAGGAUACAGACACAGACAAAGAUUCUGAUUGCUCGUCUGAUGACCUCAGCUCUGGAGUCUUCUCCUACAACAGCCAGACAGAUGGACAGAGCUUCAACUUGGAAUGGCUGGUGGUAUCCACCAACCAGCCACCAUCUUACUGCUUUGAAGGUCUAGGCGUUGAGAUAUGGAUCGAAAACAUUGGCGGUGAGUGUUUGAGGAUCCGUGAACAGCGUCAGGUCAAAGUGGGUCAUGUUGCCAUAGGGAUAAGCGAGCAGAUCACAGUGAAGGCCUUCAGUUUGGAGACUCUGGACAGGAAGCCUGUGUCCUUCCAACAGGAAAUCCAGGAGUCAGGCUUGUGGCUUUGCUGUAUUCCUUCCCCAGACUGUUGUCCACGAUGGAGCUGGAGGAUCAAAGAGGGAAAGCUUGAGAUUCGGGAAUGAGACAACUUUGAAGGUGUAUACAUACAGCUAUUUUCUAAAUUGAGACUCAGGCACAACAUUUUCACAUUGUGAUGAUUUUUCUCUUUCUGUAAUUAUUAGCCUAUGAUGGUAGGUCUCUAGCUACUCAUUAGAAUAGAUGGGGUGUGUCUCUCAACAAUUCUACCUUUUAUCAGUGUGAUGAUGCAUAGGCCUACAAUUCAUGUUUGUUUUUUUAAACAAUCCACCAUGUUGAGAAUAAAUGAAUCACGUGAACAAGUCGA